AUGAGAAGCAGCUUCGACUUCCUGCUGCACCUACUCGCCUUAUCUCCGCUCGCCGUCGAGCCCGCCACAGCUGCCCGCCGCCAGAGCCCGCAAGAGGCCUUGUUGCUGCCUCCCAUCCCCAUCGAUAACGCCNCCCGACCCUCACGACAACAUGACUUUACCCUGAGACACAUCCUUCACAAGGGCUCACACCAGUACCCGAACCUCCUUCGCAAAGUCGAUGUCACUCCUGGCCGAUCCCUCGAACACGUCCAAGAUGACGACGACGAUGCCGAGUACGCCGUUACCGUCUCGCCCACAGACUCAUACCGCACCAACUCGGGCCCCAUGACGAUAGAACGCCUGACCGACCGCCGCCGCUCGACUAUCGAUCGCCUUUUAGAAGCUGGACAGAUGCGUGGAGAGGCCGUGUCCCUACCUGCCUCUGCCUGGUCCAUGGACGACAUAGACGGCCCAAACAUUACCGACAAGGAGACUAUCCUUAGUUUUGCCCGUAUGGCCUCCAAUGCAUACGUCUUGAAGCCACAUACUGGCGACUGGGUUGAUGUCGGGNGGNGCUUCAAUUAUACCGAAGAUUUUGGCUGGGAGAGCGACGGCUUGCGCGGUCACAUCUUUGCUGAUACCCAAAACAAGACUGUCGUUAUUGGCCUUAAGGGAACCUCGCCCGCUGUCUUUGAUGGUGCAGACACAACCGGAAACGACAAACUCAACGACAAUCUGUUCGGAAGCUGUUGCUGCGGUCAGGGUGGUCAACCUAUGUGGAAGCAAGUCUGUGAUUGCCAGACAUCGGCCUUUACUUGCAACUCGACCUGUCUGGUCAAGAACCUACGGAAUAAGGCUCACUACUACCAAGCUGCUCAGGAGCUAUACCACAACGUCACGGAGCUCUACCCUAAGGCAGACAUCUGGUUGACUGGCCACUCGCUGGGUGGUGUGGUUACCUCGCUUCUCGGUCUAACCUUUGGAUUGCCUACCAUCACAUUCGAGACAUUCCCCGAGGCACUUGCUGCCAGUCGCCUCGGCCUCCCUACUCCUCCAGGCUACCACAUUGGCAACCACAAGGAACGUCCUAACACUGGUAUCUAUCAUUUUGGUCAUACUGCCGAUCCAAUCUAUGAUGGAACAUGCAACACUGCUUUCUCUGGCUGUACCAUCGGUGGAUAUGCUUUCCAAGGAAAAUGCCACACCGGAAGUGCAUGCACUUACGAUACGGUUGCAGACUUUGGAUGGAGACAAGGAAUCGGCACUCACAAGAUCAGCAGUGUCAUCCACGAUGUUAUUCUGAAGUACGACACUGUCCCCAAGUGCAAAAGAGACGAAGAUUGCAUUGAUUGCUACGAGUGGAAGUUCUUCGAAAGCAACGGGACCGAGACUACCACUAGCUCCUCUUCCUCUGCGACAUCGACCACACGCACAAGGACGGAGACAUGCAAGACGCCUGGUUGGUGGGGUUGCUUGGACGAGACCAGCAGUAUCACCGUACCCGUGACCACCACGGAGACCAUCACCACCACGACGUGCCUUUCGCCCGGCUGGUUCGGGUGCAAGGACGAGGUCAGGACGACCAUUACGACGACCGAAACCAGCAGCAUCGCAACUCCUGCCCCGGCGCCAACCGCCACCACAACUUCAACUGUCGCUUCUUCCUCUUCUUCGUCAUCUUCACCUUCCUCAGUUGCGACAAUUACCACUUCCAGUACCACGUGCAAAUCACCAGGUUGGUUUGGCUGCCACGACUCGACCGCCUCUACCAAGCAAGCUCCAACGAGUACUUCGAAACUAGACACAUCCACUGCCACGCACAAAUGCACUUCGAAAGAGUGGUUUGGCUUCAUCUGUGUUGAUCCUUCUCCCACAGAAUCAAAGCACAAGCCCAAGCCCACUUUGUCCCACAAGUGUUUGAGAAGGAACUAUAUGGACAAAUGCAAGGAGUGGAGUGACUGA